ACAACCAUUAGUCGUUGACCAACACCGCCAACAAUCAUAUUUUUUGUACGGGCGUAAUUAGAAAGCAGUAAUUAAGUUAAUUUCCACGUCCUAACCACAACAAAGCUACGUACACUCGCACUGCGAAGAGAGCCGCCCUGCAUUUUCCCACCGGAAAAGUCGCCGCGCGAAUUGCGAAUCUCGGGCGCAGCCAAAAAAAAGUCUUAAAACUACGUCGCCAUUUUUGACACGGCUCCGAAAUCGAAAACACAAAACCCACACACACCCAAAAGAGCUGAGAAGAGAAGAAGGAAAAAUUAUACGAUUUGCGAACUUUUGCGGUUACGUCUAUAGAUCGAGGAAUACUAUAUUCGACGGCACGCAUGGGGAUUACUCGUGAUUAGUGUUAUUAGCAAAGAAUCGAAGAGAGCGAGUGGAAGAGUCACUUGCGUUUAAGGAGAGGAGGCGACGACGUGUACAGCAUUACCCUUAACCCUUACCCUAACCCCAAAUAACCACUAUCGUCGGGCAGAUUAGUGACGAACGCGAACGCGAACGACGAACCACUGUGAUCCUACCGCUAAAAAAUGGCCAAGACCUACGACUAUCUGUUCAAACUGCUCCUGAUCGGCGAUUCGGGAGUGGGCAAGACCUGCAUCCUGUUCCGGUUCUCCGAGGAUGCCUUCAACACUACGUUUAUAUCCACAAUAGGUAUCGAUUUUAAAAUUAGAACAAUUGAAUUAGAUAACAAGAAAAUUAAGCUGCAAAUAUGGGACACUGCCGGCCAGGAGCGUUUCCGCACAAUCACCACGGCCUAUUACAGAGGUGCCAUGGGCAUCAUGCUGGUAUAUGACAUUACCCAGGAGAAGUCCUUCGAGAACAUCAAAAACUGGAUCAGGAACAUCGAGGAAAACGCCUCCGCCGAUGUCGAGAAAAUGCUGCUGGGCAACAAGUGCGAACUGACCGAUAAGCGACAGGUUUCUAAGGAACGCGGUGAACAAUUGGCUAUCGAGUACGGCAUCAAGUUCAUGGAGACCUCCGCAAAAGCCAGCAUCAACGUGGAAGAAGCCUUCCUCACCCUAGCCAGUGAUAUCAAAGCGAAAACGGAAAAGCGAAUGGAGGCGAACAACCCACCCAAGGGCGGCCAUCAGCUGAAACCGAUGGACAGUCGGACGAAGGACAGUUGGUUGUCCAGGUGCAGUCUGCUUUGACGUGGCAACGUGUGUUCGGCACUGAUGCGGCAUGGUGGCAACGACUACGCGGUAGUAUUUUAUGGUGGUAACUACGAUGUAGUAGUUUUCUUAACUUCUGUUAGGUUCGAAUUCAACCGGGACCCCAAACAAGCGAACAUUAACUGACAUCUAAAUCAACCUUAAGCAUCAACAGCCGGCUCUCCCUAACCGAAUAAGCGCGAUAAUGGAAUAGAACACAAAUUGCAUUAUGAAACAGUUAUUAAAUAAAGUAUAUGACGACAGCGUGUAAGAAAUAUACCUAGGCAUGAUAAUAUACAUUUAUAUACGUAUAUAACUCAAGUUAAAAACAGAAAAAGAAUUAACGAUCCAGCGAUAACGUAAAGCGAAGAGCAGCCAAUCCAACCCGCCCGCGUCCUUCUCGAAGAGGUUUUUAGUAUUUACGGAAUUAUGAUUUUCUCUAGCAGCCAUGGUUGUUGUCGAUUUGUAAAUUAUUACUUGUAAAACAAAUAUAUAUGUACUAUGUAUGCAUAUGAUUAGUUAA